AUGUCGAACAGCCCGCAGAUGCUGGAGCAGGUGACCAGAGGCAGGCCCCUACAGCCCUCCAGAGCAAACGCCCCUACAGUCUCAUUCAACGUGGCCAUCGAGCAAGCUAAACUAUCGUUCCCGGACGAACUUUUGUUUGACAAAUGGGAAUCUAGCCAUGGCUCGACUCUUAACGGUACCAAAGCCACUAAGACCGAGGUGAACGACAAGACGAACGUUAGCAGUGCUGGCAUCGAUAAUUUCACGCAUUUCACCGACGUCAAACUGGAUGAUAUGAACCUGAAAUGGGAUGAGAUUAUUCCUGCUGACAGGCUCGCUGAGAUGAAGACUGAAGAGCAGCAGAAGAAAGAGGAAGCCUAUAUUGGGACGAUAGUGGCUGAGGGUGCACCGCGCAAAGCUUCCAUAAAGCGCGGCAACAUAAUACAAGUGCUGGGUUCACUACCCGAUGAACUUCCGAUAAGAGAGAGGGAAAUUUAUAAGAAGAACUCCCUACUACCACGCUCAGCAGAAGCAGGACCGGGCUAUCCUCCACCUCAAGCUCAUGGACCCCUCCCGCCUCACUGCAAUACAGACAAAUUGCUAGAUUGCAGACUCCGGAGCACCCACUACACAAUUUCACAAGACCACACUUCUGGGAAAGAGGCUCAUGAGGAUAACCUCCUAGCCAUCUUUGGGAAGAGACGACGGACAGACAAGCCUUCUAUAUCCCUAGGCGGUCGCAGAUUGUUGCAGCGCUCACCGAAUUUGUUGCCAAGCUUGGCAAACGAUAAUGAUGUAGUAGCUCAAGACGAAGGGCACCGUACGCAAGUAAUCUCUACAGACGACCUGGAUUCCUUGGGCAACUGGCAACCGGUUGAUUCAAAGAUACCAGAAGAUACAGUAUCCUUCCCCGAAGAAACCGCCACAACUAAGCCCAACGAAGGGAGGGAUAGACGGGAUGAAGUCGAGUUUGAGUGGGUUCGCAACAAAGAACGCCGCCGUCCAGUGCAAUCACGCCCAGAGAUUCCUGUGCCCCGCAGCCAGCAGUCAUUCCGUGCUGACACAUCUCGCGUCAAUAAGAGUGGUGAUGGACCCCAGGCGACAUUGAAGCGUCGAUGCCAUAGCUGCAAUCGAAGUGACAGCAGUGCCUGGCGACGUGGACCUGAUGGAGCUAGAACACUUUGCAAUGCUUGCGGGUUGCAUUAUGCUAAAUUGGAGAUAAAGCGUAUGUUGGAGAGAAAGCUUGUAUUGAGUUGA